UUCUUCUAUGCUCAGAUGCUGGAUCAUGAGUCCACCAACUGUGAGGUGUUCCGUAAGAACUUCCUCACAGACUGGAGAAGGGAGAUGACUCCAGAGGAGAGCAUACUGAUAACGGACUUGAAUAAGUGCGAUUUCUUCGAGCUUUUCUACCUGAACAAGAGGAGGGUGGAUGCCCAAUAUACCAUGAGCAAGGAAGAGAAACAGGUUAUCGCAGAGGCCAAUAAGAUGCUUACGGAAGAGUAUGGCUACUACACUCUGAACCAGCACCGUGAACGCAUUGGAAACUUCCGGAUUGAGCCCCCGGGCCUCUUCCAUGGCCAAGGGGAACAUGCCAAAGAGGGCAUGCUGAAGAGGAGGAUUCAGCCUGAGGACGUGAUCAUCAACUGCAGCAAACAGGCACGAAUCCCAGAGCCUCCUGCUGGUCACCGGUGGAAGGAAGUUCGCCAUGACAACACUGUUACAUGGCUAGCCAGCUGGACAGAAAACAUUCAGGGGGUCAGCAGCUACAUCAUGCUUAACGGCAGCUCCCAACCUCAGGGUGAGAAGGACUGGGAGACUUAUGAGCUGGCCCAGAGACUGCACUCCUACGUUGACCAGAUCCGGUCCCAGUACUACCAGGACAUGGAUUCCACAGAGAUGGCGAUUCGGCAGGGAGCCACCGCUCUCUACUUCAUUGACAAACUGGGCCUGAGUGUGGGGUGUGAAAAGGAGGUGAGCUGCUCCUCUCUCCGUGUGAAGAACAUCACUCUGCACAAAGACCGUGAUGGGAAUAAGUACAUGGUGGAGUUUGACUACCUGACCAAAGACCUCAUCCGCUCCUACAACAAAGUGCCCGUCACGCAGAGGGUCUAUAAGAACCUUGAAAACUUAAUCGAGACCAAGGAGGCGGGGGACAAAUUGUUCGAUCAACUGACCACAUCCACUCUAAACGAGUACAUCAGCUCACUGAUGCCCGGUCUGACCGCCAAAGUGUUUAGAACACACAACACCUCUGUAGCCCUGCAGAAGAGCCUGAGAGAACUGUCCUGCAUGUCAGAUGACCUUUCUGCAAAGCUGCUUGCCUACAACAGGGCAAACCGUGAAGCAGCAGUUCACGGUAACCGCCAGCAGGCGGAUACAAAAGACUUUGAGCAGUCCAUGGCUGGACUGCAUGCCAAGAUUGACAGUAUGACACAGGAGCUCGUCCAGGCCAAGACUGAGCUGACAGUGGCCACAUGGAAAGCCAAGGGCUGCCCCGACAGCAAGUGGCAUGAUGAGGUUAAGAAAAAGCGGAAAGCCACACGCCAGCUUGAGGACCAGCUACUGAAGCUGAACAUUCAGGCCAUUUGCAGAGAGGAGGGCAGGCAGAUCGCCCUGAGCACCAUGACAAUUAACUACCCGGACCCCCGCAUCACCAUCGCCUGGUGCAUGAACAUGAAUGUGCCCUUGGAGAGAAUCUAUAACGAAAGCCAGAGAGUGAAGUUUGCCUGGGCUAUUGACAUGACCAAAGCUGACUUUGAGUUCUGAGCCCCUACUGACCAUUCUAACAGCCCUGACCCCUUUCUCCCAAUCCCCCACCGCAAAACAAAAAACAAACAAAAAAAAGUGUUGUUUGAUUGAUGUAAUGAUUUUGAUUU